AUGGGCCCCGGCCUCUCCCUAGACCCUACCCACCUCACCGCCAAGCCCUCUUUUGCCUCCAUCCAGACGCAGCACGACGAGUCGUCCGCCUCCGGCCCCGCGAGUGGCGUCGUCUCCCAGAAGCCCUCCUAUGCCUCCCUCGCGUCCACCCAUGGCCUCGUCGCCGCUGCCGCACCCAUUGCUGGUGCCGCGAACCCGGCGCCCCCGAGGCCCUCUGCCCUGACCGACGUGCCCGAGAGCCCCAGGACGCCUGUUUCUUUGAAGAAAUGGGGCGCUGUAUUUAGGGGCCCGGCGAGCCCUGUAGCAGCGGCGGCCGGCUUUGGUCCCGCUACUACCCCGGGCCUAGGCGCCGGCCUAGCUGCUUCGACGACGGCCCCGGCUGCUGCUGUUGCCGCCGCCGCCGCUACGGCUGCUGCAAAACCUACCGUAGCGGCGGCAGCCAAGGCGAAGCCGAUGAAGGAGAAGGCUGAGGCCAAAAAGGAAAAGCCCAAGAAACCGCCAACCAAGUUUGACGAGAUCUUCACAUUCACGUCAGUGCGCGAAAGGAUACUACUCGUGCUUACCAUCAUGGCUGCCAUGGCCGCAGGCUCCAUCAUGCCACUCACCAGCAUCGUCUUUGCUUGGCUUCCGCAUGAACUCGCUCCGCAUCUCCGCCAACCUCCGCCUCCGCUACCUCUCCGCCGUGAUCCCCCAGCCCAUCUCCCUCCUCGACGCCAUGCCCCCGGCCGCAUGACCGCCAUCCUCACCAACACGGCCAACACCGUCCAGCUCGGCAUCGGCGAGAAGCUCGGGUCCCUCAUCACCUCCCUCUCCCUCGUCACCUCGGGGCUCACCAUCGCCUUUGUCCACAGCUGGAAGCUCACCCUCGUGUCCGCCAGCGGCCUCGUCGUCGUCGGCCUCACGUACGCCUGCGCGGUGCCCCUCAUGAUCCGCCGCCUGCGCGCCAUCGAGGAGUCGGAUAUGGCCGCUGCCGCGGUGGCGGGCGAGGCUCUCGGUUCCGUUCGGAUGGUGGCGGCUUGCGGAGCCGAGGAGAAGAUGGCUCAGAGUCUACUUUACCAUAUAUGCCGUCGGGACCCUCGUCACUAUCAAAAGAUGACGGUCACCGGGGGCCGUGGUACCCUAAAAGGAGUCACUAUAAUUCACGUCCUAACCCUGCCGCCGAUUCAUAGCGUCCUUAUGUGCACGAUGAUGAUCAUUGCCUCCAUCAGCGGUGUAGCAGCCCCCGUCUCCGCCGCCAUCCGCUCUUCCAUCGCAGCCGCUGCACUCUUCAACGGCAUCGACAUUCCCAAGCCGGAAAUCAAGGGCAAGAAGAGCCCGGAAGUUUCAGCGGACAAGGAUAUCGUCUUCACCAACGUCAACUUCACCUACCCCGCCCGCCACGACCGCAAGGUGCUCAUCACCGUCAACUUGAAGAUCCCGGCAGGGAAGACUACAGCCAUUGUCGGUCCGUCAGGGUCCGGGAAGAGCACUAUCGUCGGGCUGAUCGAGAGGUGGUAUGAGCUGGAUGGGGACUGGAGAACCAAUAGGAAGACCUACUGGUUUAGGAAUGGCAAGAUUACGUGCGGCGGCGUUGAUCUCAAGGACAUGGAUCUCCGGUGGUGGAGAUCCCAGAUCGGCCUCGUCCAACAGGAACCCUUCCUGUUCAACGACACCAUCCAGAAGAAUAUCGAAUACGGCCUCAUCGGAACUCCUUGGGAGAAUGCCUCCGAAGAGAAGAAGCUGUCACUCGUCAAAAAUGCCUGUCGUGAAGCGUUUGCCGACGAAUUCAUCUCUCGGCUGCCCAACGUUCGUCUUCCUUCCUACUCUCAUUCAUGUCAUGGUCUACAAACCAACGUCGGCGAAUCGGGCGCCAAACUCAGUGGCGGCCAGCGCCAGCGCCUAGCCAUCGCCCGCGCGCUCAUCCGACGGCCCAAGAUCCUCAUCCUCGACGAAGCCACCAGCGCCAUCGACGCGCGGGGAGAGCAAAUCGUCCAAGCCGCGCUCGACCGCGCAUCCCGCGGCCGCACCACCAUCACCAUCGCCCACAAUCUCUCCACCGUGCGGGACGCUGAUAAUAUCGUCGUCUUGGCCCAGGGCCGCGUGGUUCAACAGGGGACGCACGAUCAGCUCAUGGCCCAGCCGGGCGGCGCCUACUGGAAGCUCGCGACCGCGCAAAGGGUUAGCCUUGCGGAGAUGCUGAUCCUGGGGGAUAAGCACAAGGACUUGGAGCUCAUGGAGUCCGAUGCUACCACGAGCAGCGGAGAUGCCAAGGAUGGCGCCGAGGAGUAUGUGAACCGCGGUUUCUUCAGAAGCUUUGGUACCUUGAUCGUGGAGCAGGGUAACAAGUGGCCUUGCACACCCGUUCAGGCCUACCUAUUUGCCAACGCCCUGUCGGGGUUCUAUCUCUGGGGCGAGGCACUCAGAGCCCAUGUAAACUUUUGGUGCAUCAUGUUCACCGCGCUCGCCGGAGGCGUCGGCAUUGGCUACUUCAUCCUCGGAGGAUCCGCCACCAUUCUCUCCUUUAAAAUCACGGCCACCUACCGCAAGGAAUACUUCAAAAACAUCAUCUCCAAGCCCAUCUCCUUCUUCGACGACGACAACCACACCCCCGGCGCCCUCUCCGCGCUCGUCGCCACCGACCCUGCCCAGCUCCAGCAGCUGCUGGGUACCAACAUGGGCUUCGCGCUCAUCUCCGUCCUCGCCGUGACCGGGUGCAUCAUCAUCUCCUUUUACUUUGGCUGGAAGCUCGCCCUGGCCGCGCUCGGCGGCUCCUUGCCCCUCGUGCUCGCUGCCGGAUUCUACCGCAUCCGCUACGAGAGCAAGUUUGAGCGCACGAACCGCACCGUGUUCGGCGAGAGCGCUCGUUUCUCGGCAGAGGCCGUAGGUGCCGCCCGGACCGUCACCGCGCUGACCAUGGAGGAGGGCAUCCUGGACAAGUACGAAACUCUCCUCAACAAGCAUCUCGACGAGGCAUGGAGCAAAGCCAAGUUUUCGACCAUGAUUUUUGCCGCCAGCGACGGAAUGCCCCUGCUAUGCAUGGCCUUUAUGCUCUGGUACGGCGGAAAGCUUAUUCAUGAUGGCGAAUACACCACCUUCCAGUACCUCGUCGUAUACAUAUCCGUGGUUCAGGGCGGCAUGGCGGCCGGCCAGUGGCUGAGCUUCGCCCCGAAUAUUGCCCAGGCCACCGCCGCCGCGAACAGGAUCCUAGCCUCUAGAUAUCCCGGCCAGGCGGUGCGGGACGGCAAGACCAUUCAAGGCGCUGGUCUUCAUCGCAACUCCGAUGACGACUCUGAUGAUGACGAUGAUGACGCUAAUGAAAACGGCAAGGCCCACGAGGACGGCGGCAAGGCACAUGAGCGCGGUGGCCGAGCGCGCAAAGGAGUUCGCGUCGAGUUCUCCAACGUGUGGUUCCGAUACCCCACGAGAGAUGCGCCGGUUUUGAAUGGCUUGAACCUCACAAUCCAAGAGGGCCAGUUUGCGGCCAUUGUAGGAGCCUCCGGAACGGGAAAACGAGUAUCAUCUCCCUCCUUGAAAAGUACAUUCUACUCCGUCAACGCGGGAGCCAUCUUCCUCGACGACACCGACAUCUCCACCCUCCCCGCCUCCACCUACCGCCGCCGCAUCUCCCUCGUCGCCCAAGAGUCCGCCCUCUUCAGCGGCACGAUCCGUGAGAACAUCCUCGCCGGCGUGCCCGACCCGUCCGCCGUGUCCGAGGAGACGCUACACCGCGUGUGCGCCUCGGUCGAGAUGCACGACUUCAUCAUCUCCCUGCCCGAGGGGUACCAGACGCGCGUCGGGAACAAGGGCUUGCUCCUCCUCGACGAGGCCACGGCCAGCCUGGACAACGAGGUGGAGAGGCAGAUCCAAAAGGUGUUUGAGCGGAUGCGCGGGUCCAGGACCAUGGUGGUCGUGGCGCACCGUCUUGCCACUGUGCAGAAUGCCGACGUCAUCUUUGUGCUCGGUGACGGCGUGGUCCUGGAGAAAGGCACGCAUGCGGAGCUGCUCAAGAAGAGAGGAGCGUAUUACCGUUUGUGCAUCGCUCAAGCGUUGGAUAGGUGA